GGAAGUUUUUCUUCCAGAGGAACGCGCACGUUGAGCCGCCUUUGCAGUUGCUUCUUUCAGGCUACCUUCUGAUCAUGUCUUCCAAGAAGAACAGAAAACGACUGAAUCGAAGCGCAGAGAAUGGUUCAACCUCACCCUCUUCUGCUUCCUCUUCUUCGGGGCCCUCGGCUCCUCCUGGGCCAGGCACCGCGGCGGCGGCUGGGACUCUGGUGGUGACCAACUUUUUAGAAAAGGAUGACAGAGUUCCUAAAACAUUCCAAAAUUCCCUUGUUCAACUUGGACUCAACACUAUGAAAUCUGCAAAUAUAUGUAUAGGUCGACCAGUGUUGCUUACCAGUUUGGAUGGAAAACAAGAGGUCUAUACGGCCUGGCCUGUGGCAGGAUUUCCUGGAGGCAAGGUUGGCCUGAGUGAAAUGGCGCAAAAGAAUGUGGGCGUGAGCGUUGGUGAUGCCAUUCAAGUCCAGCCUCUAUUGGGUGCUGUGCUUCAGGCUGAGGAAAUGGAUGUGACACUCAGUGACCAAAAUGUGGAUAUUAAUGAAGAACAACUGACUGGUUGUCUUCUGAGAAAACUAGAUGGCAAGAUUGUUUUACCAGGCAACUUUUUGUAUUGUACAUUCUAUGGACGACCAUGCAAGUUGCAAGUGUUGAGAGUGAAAGGGACAGAUGGCAUGAUAUUGAGAAGGCCUCAGAAUGACACUGAUGCUCAAGGAAUGGCCUGUGAACAGUCCAACAUAGACACCAGUACCCUGGAUGUAGCCUUACAGCUGAGCCAGUUAGAUCUGGAAGAGCCUCGGGAUCCAACAUCAAGCAGUACUCCUUGCAAACCAGUAGAUGACAGAAUGAUAAAUGAAGCUAGUGACAUUUUUUCAGAUGUUACACAGAUUCCUAGGGACAACAGUGGACUUGAACUAGCAGAGAUCACAGGACUUAAAUGUAGUUUUGAAUUGGCCAAAGGAGGAAAUGAGCAACUUGUUAAUGAAGAGAGAUUGCUAAAGUCAGCCUAUGUGGGAACAAAGCACAACACUGAUACUUUUUAUUUUAUUUCUUCAACAACGAGAGUGAAUUUUACAAAGAUUUGUACAAAUUCAGAAGAGCAAGACAACCAAUUCAAAGUAACUUACGACAUGAUAGGAGGCUUAAAUAGUCAGCUGAAAACAAUUAGAGAAAUAAUUGAAUUGCCUCUCAAGCAGCCUGAACUUUUCAAGAGUUACGGAAUUCCUCCACCUAGAGGAGUGUUACUCUAUGGCCCUCCAGGUACUGGGAAGACCAUGAUUGCUAGGGCUGUUGCUAAUGAAGUCGGAGCCUAUGUUUCUGUAAUUAAUGGUCCUGAAAUUAUAAGCAAAUUCUAUGGGGAGACAGAAGCAAGGCUACGUCAGAUAUUUGCUGAAGCCACUCUACGGCACCCAUCAAUUAUUUUUAUUGAUGAGCUGGAUGCACUUUGUCCUAAAAGAGAAGGGGCUCAGAAUGAAGUGGAAAAAAGAGUGGUAGCAUCACUGUUAACACUGAUGGAUGGUAUUGGUUCAGAAGGAAGUGAAGGACAAGUGUUGGUCCUUGGGGCCACAAAUCGCCCUCAUGCGUUAGAUGCUGCACUUCGAAGACCUGGACGAUUUGAUAAAGAGAUUGAGAUUGGAGUUCCUAAUGCUGAGGAUCGGCUAGAUAUCCUCCAGAAACUUCUUCGAACUGUACCCCAUUUGCUCACUGAAGCUGAGCUGCUACAGCUGGCAAAUAGUGCUCAUGGGUACGUUGGAGCAGACUUGAAAGCUUUGUGUAAUGAAGCAGGUCUCUAUGCCUUACGGAGAGUCUUGAAGAAACAGCCUAAUCUCUCUGAUAGCAAGAUGGCUGGGGUGGUGAAGAUUACUCUGAAUGAUUUCUUACAAGGGAUGAAUGACGUCAGGCCCAGUGCUAUGAGGGAAGUAGCAAUCGAUGUACCAAAUGUAUCCUGGUCAGAUAUAGGAGGACUGGAAAAUAUCAAACUAAAAUUGAAACAGGCUGUGGAAUGGCCUUUGAAACAUCCAGAGUCUUUCAUUCGAAUGGGUAUUCAACCACCUAAAGGAGUUCUUCUGUAUGGGCCACCUGGAUGCUCUAAAACAAUGAUUGCAAAGGCUUUAGCCAAUGAGAGUGGCCUGAAUUUCCUAGCUAUAAAGGGGCCUGAAUUAAUGAAUAAAUAUGUUGGUGAAUCUGAAAGGGCUGUUAGAGAGAUCUUCCGAAAAGCGAGAGCAGUGGCUCCUUCCAUUAUUUUCUUUGAUGAACUUGAUGCCUUAGCAGUUGAAAGGGGCAGUUCUUCAGGUGCUGGGAAUGUAGCUGACCGUGUUCUGGCUCAGCUCUUAACGGAAAUGGAUGGUAUUGAACAGUUAAAGAACGUGACAAUUUUGGCCGCUACUAACCGCCCAGAUAGGAUAGACAAGGCUUUGAUGCGGCCUGGAAGAAUUGAUAGAAUCAUCUAUGUGCCGUUACCAGAUGCAGCAACAAGAAGGGAAAUAUUUAACCUGCAGUUUCAUUCUAUGCCAGUCGGUAAUGACGUUGAUCUGGCUGAACUCAUCCUCCAAACUGAUACAUAUUCAGGAGCAGAGUCAGUUCCUAGAAACUGUGCCAUAAAGGAGACCAUCACAGAACAGAUCAUUGUUGAAAGAAUUAUAUUUCCUUAUACAAACAAUAUUAUAAUGGAGGAUUGCAUUCCUGCCCAGAACUUGCCAUCAAAUAAAAAGAUUAUAGCUGUCUGUAGAGAGGCGGCUCUUCUGGCUCUGGAAGAAGACAUUCAAGCCAACCACAUUAUGAGAAGACAUUUUACUCAGGCCUUGAGCACUGUGACACCCAGAAUUCCUAAAUCAUUGAGACGUUUCUAUGAAGAGUAUCAGGAGAAGAGCGGGCUACAUACACUCUGAGAAAGUAUGCAUGUUCAGUAUGCUAAAAAUGCUUUCUAGAGAAAACUUGUUUCUUUUUAAAAUUUUGUCUUGAGAGUGUCCAAAAAAAACCUCUCAUAAGCAAAAUGUCUGAAAUUGAGAGGCUUCAGUGUUUAAAGACAUUUUAAAUCAUAUGGAUACAAUGAAAACGUCCAUGAAAAUCUUUGGACACAACUUUAAGUCAGUUUUAUCCGGAAAUGUGUGCUGUUUUAAAGAGCAAACUUCAGCUUUUUCAUUUUUGACCUAGUUUAUUCAUCUCAUGAAAUGCUUUCCUCACUCCAGAAACUGUUUCACUGCAUUACUAAAUGCCCAGCCUGUGAGCCUCAGUUUUAUACAAGAACAUAGAAAAUGCAUGUGGUUGGGCACCUAAGUGGUUCAGUCAUUUAAGUGUCCAUCUCUUGAUUUCAGCCCACAGUUUGUGAGUUCAAGUCCCACAUAGGGCUCUGCACUGCCAGCGUAGAGCCUGCUUGGG